CAGGCAUCUGGACACAGGAGGAGUUUAGACUGAGCUCUUCUUCUGUACGUUUUAAAUCUUUCAGGAUUAAAGUUCAGAAGAUCCAGUUUGUGUUCAUGAAAAACCCUUGUGGAUUUAAAGACUAAACAGAAAGGUUUGUCUAAGAUACACUGGAGAUGAUCAGUAGGGCUCUCCUGGUUCUUCUGCUCUUCAUGUCUGUGGAUGGCAGGAGGGUUCGAGGGCACCGGGCUCAGACCCGCCGGCCGGAGACACCCGAGAGUUUUCCUCUGGAUUUCACAGCUGUGGAGGGAAACAUGGACAGUUUCAUGACUCAGGUGAAAAAUUUGGCCCAAUCUCUCUAUCCAUGCUCAUCACAGAAACUGGACCAGGAGAUGAAGCUUCAGUUUUUGGUGAACUCAUCCGUCACCUGUAAUGAUGGUUCACCCGCUGGUUAUUAUAUAAAAGAGUCCCGGGGGAGCCGCAGAUGGUUGAUAUUCUUGGAAGGGGGAUGGUACUGCUUCAGCAAACAAACAUGUGACACCAGAUAUGAGACAAUGAGACGUCUAAUGAGCUCCAGUAAAUGGCCCACGACCAGGACAGGCACAGGUAUUCUGUCCCCACAGCCUGAGGAAAACCCACACUGGUGGAAUGCAAACAGAGUGUUUGUACCAUACUGCUCCAGUGAUGUGUGGAGCGGUGCAACAAUGAAUACAGAACAGAAUGAUUAUGUGUUCAUGGGGUCUCUGAUCAUUCAGGAGGUUAUAAAGGAGCUUCUAACAAAAGGACUGGAAAAUGCCAAAGUUCUUCUGCUGGCGGGGAGCAGUGCUGGUGGUACAGGUGUUUUGUUAAAUGUGGACCCUGUAGCAGAGCUGCUGAAGGAUCUGGGUCACGGUUCGGUUCAGGUGCGAGGACUGUCAGACUCAGGCUGGUUUCUGGAUAAUAAACAGUAUCGUAACACUGACUGUAUUGAUACAGUGAGCUGCGCUCCCACAGAAGCCAUUCGGAGAGGAAUCAGAUACUGGGACAGCGUGGUACCAGAACAAUGUCGUCGACUUCAUGAAGGUGAAGAGUGGAAGUGUUUCUUCGGCUAUAAAGUUUAUCCAACUCUGAAGAGGCCGGUGUUUGUGGUCCAGUGGUUAUUUGAUGAAGCUCAGAUGAUGGUUGAUAACAUUCAUCUGACCGGUCAGCCCGUGCAGGAGGGGCAGUGGAGAUACAUCCAAAACUUAGGCACUGAACUCAGAAACACUAUGAAAAACGUCCCGGCUAUGUUUGCUCCAUCAUGUUUAUCCCAUGAGCUCAUCACUAGAAGUUACUGGAUGGACAUCCAGGUGAAGGGGACGUCCCUCCCGCGAGCACUACAGUGCUGGGACCGCAGUCUACAGAGCAGCCUCCGUAACCACGGCAACAGCAGCAGCACUCGAGCUCCGCCCAGAGGCUGUCCCCUGCACCUGAUUGACAGCUGUCCGUGGCCUCACUGCAACCCCUCGUGCCCCACGAUCAGAGAUCAGAUGACGGGACAGGAGAUGAGCGUCAUUCAGUUUCUCACCCACCUGGGCUUUGACGUACAGCGUAUGGCACAGCAGCAGGGCCUGGAGCCUAACAAACUACUGGGCAUGCUCAGUAACGGCACCUGAGAGAGAGAGAGAGAGACAGAAAACAACAAACUGACCCAGUGAAUGUCGGGAGUCUUUAUCAGGAAAAUACGUCAUCAUACUAUGUUAAAGGGUUAGUUCACCCCAAAAUGACUUACAGAGGUCGGGAAGGUUUUCUAAAGAUAUUUUUUGUUCUAGCUAAACUCACUUGUCCUCAAUAAUAAUGCAGGUGCCAAUGGUUCUUUUUGCGGGUUUUGUGACGUCGGCGUCCUCUGCUGGUCAUUUGAUGAAUUACAAGAAAAUCAAAACGAACUCCAGACAGGUGCACAAAACUCAAAUCAGCUCAUGAUAACAAAGCACUUUUUACCUGAACAAUCACUAAAGUGCAAACAGAAGAAAUGCUGGAUUCAUAUGGAUUCAACAGACUUGUUUUAACGAACAUUAUAAUGUGAUUAUUAAGUAAGAUGACUGGAUAUAUUAUCCAGUAGAGACAUUAAAGCUGCUCAGAUCAGAGAAUAAGUGUGACUCUUGUUGGGAACUUGCUGAGGUCAUAUUUCACCCCACAACCAAAGUAAAAAUAUUUAAGGAAUAAUUGACGACGGGCUGUUUAAUUAUUUGAAAAUAUAACUCACACCCAAGGUGGUAAUGCGGCAUGACUGGAAGCAGAGGUGUGCAUUAUUUUUAAUUAUACUAUGGGCCUGUUGAAUGCUUUGUUCUGAUUGGUUGAGAAAUGUUCCACAGGUGUUAUUAUUAUUAUUUAACUAUAGACCACACCUGACCUGUCAAAUGUCUUAAAAUAACCACCAGAGCAAUGUUUGUGGUAUAAUAGGAAUAAUUGACUCCUGUCCUU